UUUAAAUGAUUUGGGGGCCGGGGCUGCUGCUCCUGCUGCUGCUGCUGAGGUGUGGGUGCUGCUGCAGCCGGCGCUCCAUCCUCCCUCCCCGGCAGCGCCAUGCGAGCCGGGCCGGCGCUGCUGGCCGUGCUGCUGGGCUGCGCUCUGGCCGCGGAGCCGCGGCUGCAGCGGGGCAUGCCCAAUGUGUGCCCAGUGCUGGAGCUGGCUCUGGUGGGGCACCAGGAGCCCUGCAUUCAGUCCUUCAGUCGGAUGGUCAAGAUGUGGAAGCAAGGCUGCACCAAGAGGAGGUGGUGUGUGAGCUAUGAGAGAAGGUCUGGCUACUACACGGUUUACAAGCAGGUGUACAGGAUGGAGCAGCAGACUGUCUACAAGUGCUGCCCCGGCUGGGCCCAGCAGGACAAUGAACCCGGCUGUCUGCACUUGCUCUGCACUGCUGGCUCUUGCUUCAAUGGAGGGAAGUGCUCUGGAGAAGGGUCCCAGGUGUGCCAGUGUCCUGCAGGAUUCCAGGGGCCUCGCUGCCAGUAUGAUGUCAAUGAGUGCACCACAGACAACGGCGGCUGCCACGACCGCUGCUGCAACACCAUCGGCAGCUACCACUGCAAGUGUCCAGCUGGCCAGAAGCUGGGGGAAGAUAGAAAAUCCUGUGCAGACGUGGAUGAGUGUGAGGUGCUGAACGGGGGCUGCCAGCAGGGCUGUGUCAACACCCAGGGCUCCUUCCAGUGCCAGUGCCAGCCAGGAUUUCGGCUCCACGCCGACGGGCGCACCUGCCUCGCUGUCAAUUCCUGCAGCAUUAACAACGGGGGCUGUGAGCAGGACUGUGUUCAGCUCAGCGAGGACCACUACAGGUGCCAGUGCCAGCCAGGCUACCAGCUGAAGACAGAUGCCAAAUCCUGUGAAGUGAUAGACCCCUGCACAAGUGGGAAUGGAGGAUGCUCACAAAUCUGUCAGAAUGAGAGAGGAAUUGCAAAAUGCGAGUGUCAUCCAGGGCAUUCUCUUGCUGCAGACAAAAAGUCCUGUUUAGACGUGGAUGAGUGUGCUGAGGGCAGGGCCAGGUGUGCCCAUCGCUGUGUGAACACCCCGGGCUCCUUCAGCUGUGUCUGCAGCCCUGGCUUCGAGCUGGGCGCGGAUGGGCGGCGCUGCUACCGCAUCGAGAUGGAAAUCGUGGACAGCUGCCGGGACGGGAACGGCGGCUGCGAGCACGGCUGCGAGCACACGGCAGCGGGACCACGCUGCUCCUGCCACCGUGGCCACCGCCUGGCUGGGGAUGGCAAAACCUGCACAGAUGUGGACGAGUGUGAGACUGGGGAGUCCUGCUGCUCCCAGUUCUGCAUCAACUACGCGGGGGGCUACGAGUGCGCCUGCAAGGCGGGGUUCCAGCUCAGCGCCGACGGCUGCUCCUGCGACGAUGUGGAUGAAUGUCGUCUGGAUAAUGGCAACUGUGACCAUUUCUGUGUGAAUUCCCUGGGUUCCUACGAGUGUGCCUGUAAGGAGGGUUACAGGCUUGGGGACAGCAGAUGGGCCUGCGUGGCCCUAGGUGUGGAGGAGGCGGAUGCAGAGGAGGCAGCAGGGCUGGCUGGUGCCCCGGGGCUGCAGUUCCGAGGGCCCCCCCAGCUGCUCCACUUCGCCCUCGGGGCCCUGGCCGAGGAUGGAGACCCCCGAGGAGAGCUCACCCUGGUGCACAGGGUUGUGUGCCUGGGUGACACGUUUGGCCAGGACUGCAGCCUGAGGUGUGAGGAUUGUCUGCACGGGGGCCGCUGCAACAGCGAGCGCAGCGGCUGCGACUGCCCGCCCGGCCGGGCUGGGCUCCUCUGCAACGAGACCUGUCCCCCCGGGACGUUUGGCAGAGGAUGUGCCGGUGUCUGCAGGUGCCAGAACGGAGGCUGGUGUGACCCUGGCACAGGGCAGUGCCACUGCCCACCCGGAGUGCUGGGCCAGCUCUGCGAGGACGGUUGCCCAAAAGGUUUCUUUGGGAAGAACUGUAACAAGCCAUGCAACUGUGCCAACAAGGGCCACUGCCACAGACUGUAUGGAGCCUGCCUGUGUGACCCCGGGCUCUACGGCCGCUUCUGCCACCUCACCUGUCCCAGGUGGGCCUUCGGCGCGGGCUGCUCGGAGGAGUGUCAGUGUGUGAAGGAGCACACGCUGGAGUGCAGCCCCAGGAAUGGCUCCUGCACCUGCCAGCCUGGGUAUCACGGCAAAAAGUGUCACAAAGAGUGCACUCCAGGGUUUUAUGGGGCUGGUUGCAAACUGAGGUGCAGCUGUCCUCCUGAUGUUCCGUGUGAUCCUGAGACAGGAGCCUGCAAACAUCCAUGUCCAGCUGGGUUUCAUGGAGAAAAAUGCCAUUUGUCUUGUCAGCCUGGCAGCUUCGGGAUGGGCUGCAGGCAGAGGUGCAGCUGUGGAGGAGCCCCAUGUGAUCCGAGGACAGGGCAGUGUGUUUGCCCAGCUGGGAAGACUGGUGCUACCUGUGAGCAAGAUUGCCCAGAUGGCCAGUGGGGACCAGACUGCCAGAACUCCUGCGAGCCCUGCGCCAACGGGGGACAGUGCAACAGGGAAACUGGAGCCUGUGACUGCCCCCCUGGCUACACUGGGCCAUCCUGCUCUGACACCUGCCCCGAUGGGCACUAUGGGCAGGGCUGCCUGUGGCUGUGCAGCUGUGGCAGCAGUGCUCAGUGUCACCACGUCACUGGAGAGUGCUCCUGUCCCCCGGGCUGGACUGGCCACGACUGCAAACACCUGGUCGAUGGGGUCAGGACUGCGCCAACUCCUGCGCCUGCGACGGCGGCGACGGCGGCUGCGACCCCGCCACGGGCACCUGCUCCUGCCAGCCAGGAUUCACCGGGCAGCACUGCCAGCUCACAUUUGGAAUCCACUUCAUCUUGUGGCAGGUGCCCCGAGGGGAGCUUUGGCCCGGGCUGUGAGUCCAGCUGUCAGUGCCAGAACGGAGCUGCCUGCGACCACGUCAGUGGAGCCUGCACCUGCACGGCGGGCUGGACAGGAACCUUCUGUGAAAAAGCAUGUCCAGACGGAUUCUUUGGGAUUGACUGCCACCAGGUGUGCAAGUGCAAGAAUGCUGCUGGCUGUGACCACGUGCUGGGCUCCUGCCACUGCCUGCCAGGCUGGCAGGGGGAGAGCUGCGAGCAGCCCUGCCAGGAGAACAGCUAUGGGCCGGGCUGCAGGAGCACUUGUCACUGUCACAACGGAGCCCUCUGUCACCACGUAACUGGGACGUGCCUCUGUAGCCCAGGCUGGAAAGGAGCCACCUGCCAAGAAGCCUGUCCCCCGGGGUGGCACGGAGCAAACUGCCUGCAGCGCUGCCUCUGCCACGGCCAGGCCACCUGCGACCCUGUGAGCGGCCAGUGCCAGUGUCCCCAGGGCUGGACAGGGACAGCCUGUGAGCUGGAGUGUGGGGAUGGGCAGUUUGGAGAGAGCUGUGAGCAGAACUGCAGCUGUCACCACGGGGUGUGUGACCAGCCCUCAGGGAAGUGCCUCUGCCAUGCUGGCUGGACCGGGGACCGCUGUGAUGUUGGCUGCCCCCCGGGAUUUUUCGGCAAGGGCUGCGAGGAGCGGUGUGACUGCGCCCACGGCUGGUCCUGCCACCCCCAGACCGGAGCCUGUCACUGCCACAGGGGGUGGCGAGGGAGGCACUGUGACAAACCCUGCCUGCCGGGCCGCUACGGCGCGGGGUGCGCGCGGCGGUGCCGCUGCCCCGCGGGAAGGCCCUGCCACCACCUGACGGGCGCCUGCGGAUGUCCCCCGGGAUUCACCGGCCACGGCUGCCACAAGACUUGUCCAGCGGGCACGUAUGGGCAGGACUGUCACGGAGUGUGCCAGUGCUCUGCUGAGAAUCAGGAAUGUCACCCUGUCACUGGCCACUGCUCCUGCAGCCCGGGCUACCGUGGGACCCACUGCCACCUCCGGUGUCCAGAAGGUACUUACGGUUCAAACUGCCAAAAUCCCUGUAAAUGCAUGAAUGGAGGCCACUGUGACCCCGUGUCAGGAACUUGUGAUUGCGCUCCCGGUUUCAUCGGAGCCAACUGCAGCAAAACCUGCCCUGAGAGCUGGUAUGGGAAAGACUGUGCCCAGCUCUGUGCCUGUGGCAGAGGCCAGUGUGACCCACGGACUGGCGAGUGCUCCUGUGCCCCCGGCCACACGGGCCCUGCCUGCCAGCAAGUGUGUCCCCAGGGACAAUAUGGCCCCAACUGCCACCUGAGGUGUACCUGUCAGAAUGGUGGCAUCUGUGACCACGUGGAUGGCAACUGCACCUGCGGGCUCGGCUGGACAGGAAGAUCCUGUGAAGAAGAGUGCCUCCCAGGAAAGUAUGGGGCUGGCUGCUCCCUGGACUGCCUGUGCCAGCACAAUGGCACCUGUGACAGGUUCACAGGGUGCUGCAGGUGCCCCGAGGGUUUCUACGGCCACUCCUGUGAGCACAGGUGCCCCCUGGGAUUUUAUGGGCUGGGCUGUCUUCAGGCCUGUGCCUGUAAAAAUGGAGCAAGCUGUGAUGCAGUGACAGGACAGUGCCUUUGUCCUUUGGGUUAUCAUGGUAUCCACUGUGAAAAAGGCUGUGCCAGGGGCUGGUUUGGUGAGGGGUGCCAGCAUCAGUGUGACUGUGGAGAUGCUCCUUGUGAUCCAGAGAGUGGGAAGUGCCUUUGCCCACCUGGGAAGACUGGAGACAAAUGUGACAUUGGGUGCAGGGCAGACAGGUACGGCCCCGGCUGCUCCCUGCGGUGCCAGUGCUCCGGCAGAUCCCGCUGCAACCCCCACAACGGGAACUGCGCCUGCCCCAGCCCCUGGAUGGGGCCAACCUGCAGAGAAGGUGGCCCUCCAAAGCUUCCUUUUUAUGAAGAACAAGCUCAAGAAAGAGGGAGUAUUUUUCCAAGAGCUCUACAACAGUAACAUUUGGACUAAUAAAUGAACUGUUUUAUAUGCACAGACGGUAUUUGAAUUUGGAUAUGAAAACAGUUAUUCAAUUCAGCUUGAAUUGUACUGAAGUAUUCACACUUCUUAUGGAAGACUACAGAGGCCAUUUAGUAGCUGGAUCCUUUUAAAGAGUUGAAUCUGUUUCAUGUGCUCAUUCCUAGCCUCUUGCCCCUCCAUUAAUCUACUCUGGACAUUCUUUCUGGUAUUAAUAUAAUUCAUUUCUUGAAAGCCUGGACAUGUUUUUAAUCAGACCAGCUCCAAAGAGUAUCAGGAUAAGCAGCAUGUAACACAUCACCAUGGAAUGAGCCACACUCCCUAUCGGGGACUUUCUAAACCCUCUUGACAACCAGCACCAAGUUUGAAGAGUAUUCCACAGAUUAUUUCUCUACAGAUUCAUUGCAAAAUCACAUUGCACAGAAACUAGAGGGAUUCGUCAAGUUAAUUCCUCUUCGAAUGAGAAGCAUGCAGUCUAAUUUUGAACUUGCAGCUGAAGAAGAAUCUGCUACAAUCCCACAAGAGUCCUCAAUACAUUGUUAAUUUAUUAAGAGCAUCUUCUGUAUUUCUGGUGUGGUUUGACUGACUGGAAGGUCUCUGUCUGAAUCUGUCUUCCGAAGAGUGUGGUGACAUCUGCCAGACUCUCCUGGCAUCCUGUGUUCUCACAUCUUACCAGAUGAAUUUCUCAGUGGGUUGUCAAGCCAAACUGUGCAGCACUUCUCAUCAGACAGUAUCUGCUAAUGCAGAAGAGGUUUUAUCUUGAAUGGAGAAAGCAGAUAGUAAGCAAGGAGAAAUGCUUAAAGAUACUGUCUUUGGGGUUUGUGCUUUUAUUGAGCAAUUUGGCUUUUUUAUCAAGUCAUCUCACAACAGUCCUGAUACCACUCAACAGCUGCUGUUGAAUGAAAAACCUCAUAGAGCACAGGCAUUUUGGUGCUAUUUUGUCUGUUUAGACAGGUUUUCUUUGAUGUAGAGCUAUGUCAUUUUAAAGAAAUGUACGUUCUGUAUUUUAAUAUUCUGUUAACCAGAACUAAAAUAUUUCAGAGUGCCUCUUUAUACCUCUCUUUAGGUUAGGAGUUACAAAAUCUGUGUAGUAACCACUUGAUUCUGACUGUUUCCAAAGUGCAUUUAAGAAGGAGCAUCAGAACCAUGGUAGAUCCAGAGUAUGGGCAGUUCCAGCUCUUGUGCUGAUCCUCCAUUCACCACCAGAACAAAGUGCACCUCUGCAAGAGCAGGUUUUUGUUUUGCAAGAGACAAAAUGACAAUAAUUGAUGCUAACUUGGGAUUUUUGAAGAAGUUUGUUGCUGUGGUUGGGUAGGUGAUGAGCUGGUGAAGCAGGAUGCAGGAGGUUGGAUGGGAAGGUGAGGUAACAAUUUUCCUCCACGGUUCACCCCAGGUCUUAAACACAUCUGCAGUCAGUGACUGUCCAGGCCAAAGCAAGAGGCACUUGCUCCCCUGGGAGUUUAUUUCAAAUUGUGAUCUAUGGGAGGCAAUACAGUUUUAAGAGGUGUUUUCCAAGCUCCAUGGAAGUCUUACUGUUGUUAUUCAUCACUUUGUAGGUAUUGAAAGUACAGGUAUUUGUGAAUGUGUCUAAGUUAAUUAACUAACUGUGCUUUCAGCCGGAAAAUCACUGGAGCUGAUGCUGAUCCCUUUUAAUUUCUUCUGUAGAGCUCAAUGAAUGUCACUGGAAAGUUCAUUCAAUGUAAAUGUGGCAAAAUUAUGGUCCCAGAAGCGUGUGACUCUCAGCAAGGCAAUGACAUUUUAAAUGUUCUUUUGGAGGUAUGAUGGCCUGGGUCUGAUCCUACAAUUAUGUGAAUUUGGGGCAGUUUCACUGGCCAGGAACCUGCAAGGUUUUUUUUUCUGAUCUCUAAUCAGAAUUUCUUCAGUUUCAUCUUUGUUCCACUGCUUCUCGUUAUUUCAGUGUGGAUCUCUGAGGAGCCUUUGGCUUCUUCUCCCCCAUGGGGUAGUUGGCUACAGACUUGGUCUUCUCUUCACCCCAUCCACUGGCCACAUUCCAGUACCUCAGACAUUCCAGUUCCUUCCAGCUGCCCAGAGACUGGUGUGGUUACUCAGCAGCAUAAAACCCUUUACACUGCUGUCAGACAGCAGAAUGUAUCAAAUGUACUGUUAUUCUCUUAUUUUUGUAGAUUGAUGUGUGAUUCGAGCAGCUAAUCAAAGGGGAAACCUCUCUCAAGCCAUAUUAUUUACACCCAUGUAUACUUGUUUACAUUUUCCACAGUACCUUGAUAAUAGAAUUGUAAAUAUGUAGUAUAAGGAAAUAAAAGAUUUUUGUAUUACGUGUUUUUAAAGGAUGUCACGAUUUUAGGUACAUGAUGAAACACAUCUUUUAAAUGACUGAUACUGAGCCUGUGCCAAUGAAUUAAGAGGCCCAAGUAGAUCUGCUUUGGGAAAUAUUUCAGCAAACUUUUUUUAUAUCAAAAAAUGCCAGUUCAUACAAACCACUCCAUAUGCAGUAGACUUUUUUAUUCAAAAUGCUUCUUAGCUUCUUUAUGUUAUUACCUUUGGAAAAGAAGUUUACUUCAGUGCCAUCAAACAGACCAUUCUGAUUUGUGGCUCUGCAUGGCUUUUUAUUCCAAAACAAAGUACAGCCAUAUAGAGGUAAAAAUCAGAAUUAAAGAUUUCAAAAGCAUUAAAAGAGGAAUUUUGACUGAGAUACUUGGAAUAUCUUAUAUUGGUUCUUAUUUUUUUUCAUAAGGCAGAGAAAAUGUUUACAGGAUUUUGUUUUCUAGAACAGUCACAACUUUACAUUAUUAACUACUAAUUAAGGAAGUUUCCUUGCUUCUGAUAUUACUGUUCUGAUUCUGCUCCUUACUACAGUUUAACACAUUUACCUAAUUCCUUGCCUACAAAGUAGUCUUUAUUAAUAGACAGGAUGGAAUUUUUUAAUGGAAAACUGACUAAAUCAGCUUUUCCAGAGAUUAAUUUUGUGGCAAGUGAGUGUAAUUGCUAUUAAUUAACACAACUCUGCUUAUUUGCUUCAUCAGAUUCCAGUGAAAGAGUGUCAGGCUGAUCCAGUCCUGAGCACAGCACUGGGGCUUCUUGAAAAUGGAAGUGAAAAAUUCAGUGAAAAUGGGGUUUAUAGUUAAAUUGAUGUCCAUCUUCCUCUUGGUGGAGGCCUUUGCUGGCUCCCCAUUUCCCAGGGGGCUGAAGUUAAUUACAUUUCCUUGAAGAGAGAGCUCUGUGUAUUCCUCUGCAGCACACUUGCACGUGCAGAUAACUCCUUUCAGAAAGACAUUGGAAUUAUUUCAGCCAUGCAGUUCCUGUGCCAAAUCCCCCUCUCUUACCUUGUGAGCUCCAGAUAACUUCAGCUGGAGUGGGAAGGAGUUGAGUGUAACUCAGUGGGCCCAGCAGAACCUCACUCACUGUGAAUUCAUGAAACCAGAACAACAUGUUUUAAGUUAGACUUCACUAACACUAUCCUCAUAGGAAAACAAUCAGAAUUUUAAAAAUUCCCCGCUUCCCCUGCCAAAAAUUAUUAUUCUACUUUUAUCCUUUUUAUGUUGAAGAACCAUAGCUAUUAAAGUUUGCCCAGAUUCCUUGCCAACCAUAUUAUUUUGAUUGGCUGCAGGUUUCUGUUUGUGUAAGUAAUAACCAGCAUAGUGUCAGGAGUUGCCAACGGGACAAACAUGGAAAUAAUACCUUCAUGUCCUUCCCAGAAGAGGCAAAGACACAUUUGGGAGCCAUCGUGGCUUCAUUGUGCAGAUCAAACAGUGACUCUGUUAGAAUUUAGCUUCUUAUCAGAGCAAAGUAAAGCUUAGGAACAAUCUUUGAGAGUGCUGGUGGACUGAGAAGCCUCCAUCCUCCCAUCCUUGUGUUAAUAUUUUUAUAUUUAGGCUAGAAACCUUCUCAGUCCCCAGGUUUUGAAGGACCUUUCCUUCAGGUUGACCUGUGGCUGACUGAGCAGCUCCGUGCAUGGGCUGCAACUGUGCCCAGUAUUUCUUUUGCAAGGUCACAGCUUUAAAUUCUGACACUGUGUAAAGCAAUUUCCAGCAGUAAGCACCAAAUCUCAGCCUUGUAGAGCAUAAAUUGUUUGUUCUGUUCUUUUUAUUGCUUUUAAUAAGCACUUGCAUAGCAAUAUAAUGUCUCUGUGAAUUUGUAAUCCCUCUUCAAGGAAAGUGUGGGAUGUGUCUCGGGUUUGUACUGUACUUUCUGUUGUAGACGUAUUGUAGUGAAAGGAUGCUGAUUUUUUUAUAUAAA